AGCCGAGACAAUUAUUAAUGAUACUCCUCUACAGUACAAGGAAAUCUCCACUUGUCAUUUAUAUGAAUUACAACAAUGGAUGAUGAUCACUAUUGCAAUAGAAAUGGAAACAUUGUUAAAUUACAAAUAAAUUAUACUUUAAGAUUGACAAGAAGUUAUCAGAAGACAAACAUUCCAAAAUGAAAUUCAACCAACUGCAUAUAAUUUGGAUAUUACAAUUCCAGGUAGCUGCUUUAGCUCUCAAUGAAAUAAUUAACAUCAAACAUGCUUGUAAUAUCAAUAACUUCAAAAUUAUCUGUGAAUACAUUGAUUUACAUAACAAACGCUUAAACUUUGAACAGCUCAAUGGCACGUAUAUGUUAUAUCUUACCAGAACAAAUCUACACUCUCUACAGGAGAAUGUUUUCAAUGGUACUCAAAUUAAACACUUAUCAAUAUAUGACAAUCCAUUAACAGUAAUUGACAAAAAUGCAUUUGGUGGACAAGAAGAUUUCAUGAAAAGCUUAGAGCUAUCAACAACAGAUACAACAGAACUAGUUGAUUUUACAGCCCUUCAAAACCUGUACAACCUUGAAACUCUUGAAAUUGAAAAUUUCUAUAUGAACCAAAAUUUAAACAAUUUUACUUCUAACAAGCUAACUAAAUUGACAAAACUCUCUUUAAUAAAUAAUAAAAUUUGUGAUAUCAACAUAAAUACAUUUGCACAUUUCCAGAAUUUAACUCAUCUUACUAUAAAAAAUAAUAAGCUGGCAAAAAUGCUACAUCCAGAAGCUUUCGAGCAUCUGCUCAACAUACAGUAUCUUGAUGUGAGUAAUAAUGCAAUCACAGACAUAACAAUGGGAAAUUUAGAAAAUGUAAAAAAGAAGCUGCAACAUUUAGACUUAAGUUCAAACAAAAUCACACAUGAUCAUCUGAAACAUUUUAAAAACCUUUCAAAACUUGAAACCCUCAAGUUAGAUAACAAUAGAAUUAAAAGUCUAUCAGGUGACAUAUUUCAAAAUAUGAAUACACUAAACACCUUGUCUGUGAGAAAUAACCAACUUACCAAAUUGCGAAAAACAUAUUUAAAUGGUUUAAAUAAUCUUAGAGAACUAUUUUUAAAUAGAAAUCAAUUGAUCAUUGAAGCCACCACAAUGACUGAAGUGCCUCUCUUAGAAAUUUUAUAUUUGGAUAAUCAAAAUCUAAAAGGAACUAUGGAAAUAAAAUGGUUAGAAAAUACCAGUGGAACAUUGAAAAAGUUAUCAUUAAAAGGCAAUAGUUUUAAUAAUAAAGAUCUUUGGACAGCAAUUCAAACAUUACCACAUUUAGAAAUCUUGGAUCUUUCCAAAUGUAAUCUAGCAGUAAUUGCUGCAUUUGCAUUUGAAAAGAACUCAAAGCUAAAAGUCAUAAAGCUAAAUGACAACAAAAUAGAGACUUUAGAGGAAGGUGCAUUUCAAGGUCUACAAAACACUUUAGAGUCUAUUAAACUCAGUAACAACCAGCUCCAAGUUGUGGAUGAAUGUGUUUUUAAUAAUUUCACCUGGCCAGAAAAGGAAUAUUUCAAUAUAGACCUCAACAAUAAUAAACUGGUGUGUAAUUGUUCUCUUCGUUGGCUUCAAAUUCAGUUGAAUGAAUAUAUCAAGAAAUCUAAUAAUAACACUGUACCAGUUAGUUUCUGGAAGUGCCUAACCAUCAAUGGAAAGGAACUGAUUGUAAAUACAAAUUUGACUUGUGAUAGCAGUAAAACAAACUGUCAGGACUUUAGAGCAAGAUACACGAUACAUAAAGUAAUUUUAACAAAGGAAAUGUUGAAUAAUGCUAAUAGAUAUACUGAAACUAAACUAGAAACAAGUUCAAUUACAACUCCAAAAUCUUUUAGAAGACCACUGAUUUCACUUAAGCUUGAAAGACAGCUAUCAAAUGUUGUUAGAAUAUCAUGGAAUAUAUCAGAUCUAUUCUGGGUAAAGGAUUUCACUUUACAAAUUAAGGAAAUACUUCCCAAUCAAGAAUGGAAAAUUCAAUCACAACCAAUACACAAAUUAAGACAAUCUCAAGUAUUUCGUUAUUCAAACAGUGAAUCAAUUUUACAUAUUUGUAUCAUUGUUAAUGUGAUUGUUAAGAGCAAUUUAAUUGAUGCCUGUGACACUUUACACCAAAAAAAAAAAGAGGACAGCCCAAGUACUAGCAACAAAAAUACAUUAGAGAUAGGACUUGGAAUUGGUGUAUUUGUUGCACUUUUAAUCCUUCUUAUUUUAUGCUAUGUAUUAUACAGAAGACAUAAAAACAAUAAGAAACACAUAUAUGAAGAACCUACAAAUUCAGUAAGAACACAAGUCAAUUUAACACAAACAGGUAGACACCAUGAAAAUAGGACACCAAAUGAAACUAAAAUACCAGCUGUUACUGUAAUAUCUCAUGGCCAACUUCAGCCAGAUCGACAGCUUUCUACAAGAAGCUAUCAAUAUCUGGAUACGGGGAAUUUUAGACCUGAGAAUACCUAUGAAGCUAUCAAAACAGAAAACUCUCCAAGUCAAUAUGCAAAUGUUGAAGAAACACGAAAUUAUGUUGAAAAAAGGACAUCUUUACAAGAUUCAUGUGUAGAUAAUUUCCAGUAUAACAGGCAAAUACCAAAUCAGGUAAAGAGACCUCUACCUUAUCCACCAUCGUUUCAUAAUAACGGUGCUAAUAUAAAUGAACCUUUCUAUUAUAAUACACCCCUACAUUAUGCUGAAACUACAGUAACAUAAAUAUAGAAUUCUGUACAAUGUUUUUUUUUUCUCAUAGAAAUUUUGCUAUUGCAAAAGACAACUCAAUUGUGAAAUAUAUUUUAUAUCAAUUGGAAAUAUUCUACCAUUAAUGGUAGAAUAUAAAAUCAUAAAAUGUUGAAUUGCUUUGUAUCGACAGGAGAGCUUCUAAUAACAGUUUACUAAGUUCGAUUGCUGUGGAAGGUGAACGUUUCACGCUACUGCUCUCCUUAUUCACUAACUAAUUUGCAAUUUAUUUCAUACCAUAAUGAAUAAUAGGACUGUUGGCCCAGGUUUCCAAUGGAGACAAUCUCUGGCUUACUGCAUGUAAAUAGCACAGAUAUGUCUUUGUCACUCUCACUGGUGACAAGGAACUAUGUAUAAUUCAGUCCAGAAUAUCAACAAGGGACUUAUCCAGAGAGCAGCAUUUUUUGUUUUCUUGCUGAUGUUUACAUCCUAUCACUAAAAUAUAUAAACACACACAGAUAUAUCUACAUACAUACAAGCACACAAGAUGAACUUCUGCAUAAUAUCGGUCUACUGAAAUCUACUAACUAAAGACUAUGACAGAAGAUAUUUUGCUACUGGAGACUACGACACAAGAUAUUUUCGCACGAGUCACACAUUGGGACAGAACCCAUAACCAUGUGAUUUUGGAGAGAGCUUCUUAACCACAUAAUCAGGUUUGCACACUUCUUCAUUUACAAGCAUGUAACCAAAGUCACAGCAUUGCCCUAAUCUUCUUAAAAUCACUUCAAAAAAAGGACAAUUGAACAUGCUGAAUUCUUGAGGAACUUUCUCAUUGACUAAUACUUGCCAACAUAAAACAUCACCCAUUUCCUUAGGUUCCAGAUUUUACCCUUCAUGUAAAUAAAUUGUUUAAUAAAUUACAGUUCAUAAUGUAGAAUUUGCUGGAAUUAAAGAAAUAUAAAAUAUAAAAAGAAACUAUUUUCAAUUAUAUUUACUAAAUUAUUUUAUGAAAACAAAAAAAGAGAAAAUAAACACAGAAAAAUUGAUAAUAAAGACU